AGAGGAGGAGUGCGAUGGUUCGUCGCUCUCAGUAUAACGUCACUUUGCCCCGUUUCUGCAUCAUGAAUUCUCGUUCCCAGAGCCCGGCCUGUCUCUCUUAGCCGGCGGAGCAUUAGCACGACGAAAAACAAUGAUUUGAUUGGCUAGAUUCUUGGACUACUGUUCAACGAUGGUUUUCAUCCCAAAGAUAUCCAAUGGUUUAAUCUUUAGCUAAAACCGUUCAUUUACAGAUGCACUUCAUGUACGAGUGAAGGUACUCAGUGAUAAAUAACUCUGAUCUAGCCUUGAACUAAAACACCACUCCACACUUUCUAUCAAGGACGGUUGUAUAUCGCCUGGGUGACCCUUUCCGGAGAAGCUUAUUUCGACACCGGAAAUAAAAAUUCCGAUAGCGGUUUUCACCAAUGAUUUGUGCGGGUCGAAGCGCGAAAAGGAAUCGAGUAAAGAUGCUCGUAAGAUUUUCAAGCACCGUGCAUUUGGGCUGUGAUUGAAAACUGGGGAAAACUGGCCCGAGGUCGUGGCAGUACGGACCAAGCGCACCGAGGUCCUCACAAAAGCCAAUCCGAACGCUCUGAUUUGCCUCAAGACUACCUUGUCGUAUAAUAAGACGCAAUACCGCACAGCUCGUUAUAUAUUAUUUUAUCUCUAUAUGUAUAAAUUUCUGGAUUCAUGAACACGAUGUUGUUGAAAAUUUAUCUUUUUCGCUCUAAGUCCAAGCUUAGCGUUAACAAAUCAUUUUUCCGUGGUUCCCAGUCCUCCCGUUAACUUUCUGUGAAGUCUUCCCGGCAACCUUUGAGUCAAAACAUGGCGGACAAAUUGCCGUGAUAGUACUAGAUCCCUAUUGAAAAUCUCUCCGAUCUGGAAGACAACCAUGCUCGACAGCGUCAUUUUACUGCUUUUACUUUCAGUGCCUCCUAUUUUCUCACACCAGCAGGAAAAUAACGAAACAAAAUGCCCGGUGUUUUCGGGGCAGUCAAUUUUCGUAAACACCACUGGGGAGGACUCCGAGACCUGUGGACCGCAAACCAAGCCUUGCCGCAGUAUUGCUUACGCUGUUGAGCUUGCAGGUCGCAAGAAUAUUAACUCGGUUAUAUUAAAUAUCUCCGUGGGUAACUACCAAGAGGCGGAAAGUCUUAAACUCGACUGUGGUAGACGGAGGUUGCAGCGUGUUACUUUCUGGGGAGCGAGGCAACACAAGCAAGUGGUUGAAGUUGAUUUCUCAUUAAAUGUACAGUUCUGUGAAGUGAGCAUGGUUGAUCUUCACUGGAAGAACAGUCAACCUGUCCUGUAUCAUGCUCUUAUGUCCAACAUAACAAUUUGUCAGUGUACGGCACAAGGAACAAACGUUAGCAUCACUGCAAGCUCAUCUACUAUUACACUUCAAGAAAACAGCAUUUCUAGGUGUUCAGGCUACCACCUUGGGUUGCCUUUACUCUCAGUAAUGUCGUUUCCAGGAGAUCUUAGCACAUUACAUAUUAUAAAUUGUAACAUUUCGGAUAAUUUUGGACCGGUUGUUUUUGUGGGAAGUGUUCAUACAGUAACCAUUGUUGCCUCAAACUUCGAGGGUAACAGAGUAUCUUCUGACAAGAAAAUCAUCACAGCUCAAGUUUCAUGUCUUAAUAUAUCUAGCACAAGGUUCAUCAGAAACUCUGGAAAUUUGCUGGGAUUAGAAGACGAUGAUUCAUCAGCUAGUUUAGAGAAAUGUCAUUUCAGCUGUAAUAUGGUCAACAGCAGUUUGUUUUUGCCACCUGUGAUGCCACACAAUAUUAAUCAAGUGUUCUGUUCUAACUGCACUGUGGACAAUGAAUGCCCAGGUAAAAUACACUGUGCAACUGUUUCUGUACAUCAGAAUUUAAAAUCUCAGCUUCAGACAAUUUCCAUACUCCUGGUACAGAAGGGAUUGAAAUUUCUUGGGGUGGGGUGCGAGGAGUUCUGCAGGACCAAAAAAUUUAAAGAAAUGUAGGAAGCUCAUAGACAAUUGGAAUUUCCAGAGGGGUGGGGGUGGAGUUCUUAG